GUUAGGAGGGGCGUGUGGCACGGCGCCUAGAAACGCGCCGAUGUUUGUGUGAGUCCGUGGCCACGCGAACCCCUCGCUCUGCCCCCCCCGCCCCCCCGCGCGUCCCCUCCACCAAACCACGCGGCGGGUUCCUUCCUUGCGCGUUCACCCGGCCGCUGUUUCGCGCAUUGCCGGGCGGCCACGUCCCCCACUCCUCUUCUGAAACGCCACCAAGCAGUGCAUCCUGGCCAAUAGAGUACUGGACGUGCAGGGAGAACAAACUAGAGAUUUCGGCAACCAGUGGCAAGAAUAGCAAUCUUGUGGGCUUUUGGAAAUUCAUCAUGAUUGUUGGGCUGAUUACUAAAUUACUAUUUCACCGUACAUUUACAAAGGCUUCCUUUUUCGAUAUGCGUGGCUGGCAUUCAAUGUGCAACCGUUCAUUGAGGCUUUGCCUGUAGAGACAACAACGAAUGGUGCAUAGGGUACACGACACGCUAAUAUUAAUAGACUGAAUAUUAAUCCAUCUAAUUGCUAUUGCUUCCAAUGCAAGAGCUUCGAUAGAAUUUCUGUAGUAGUAGAGACCUCAUCAUUCAAUAUCAUGUGUAUUAUACAGGAGAUCCAAAUUGAAAAACUAUACAUUUAUCUUCUAACUUCGCUUUUAAAGAGACACAAGCAAUCAUGAAUAUCGAACAAUAACAACAUAUUCAACUGGACGUGUCUGAAUGAUCUUAAUUAUUAUUAAAUAUGAUAAAUUAAAACGAAAAUACCCACUUUUCUUUUACUGAAUGAUCAUUGUUUAAACCAUGAGGUCAAUACACAGGUAAGAGUGCUGAUACAAAAUGAGCAAAAUUCAGAAUCAGUACACGCCCGGUGAGGUUACACCGCUACAUGUGUUUGCAAAUACCGUGGACAAAGAACCACGUAGUAGUCCGCAUUUUUUAUAAAGUUUUAGUUGAGCCUAUUACAUUUCAGAUAUUUUUCGGAUUUUCAGAUUGUUCACAUCGUGUCCUAAUGUAGCAACAUCUUAAUGCUAACGAUAGUGACGUCACUUGAAUCCACGUUCCGUCACUUUUGGAGCACGGGAGUGACAUAUUAGUGACAUCCCUUUGAGUUUUCGGAUUAAUUUGAAACAAAACAAGAACUUUCAUUUCUUUAAGAGUUUGAAAAUUGGGAACACAUCCCGAACUCGCAUUCGGAAUUCCGGCCAAUAUGCAGCAUUAAGGGGAAACGAGUGAUUGGAUCAGAUCAUCGUGCUGAGAUAGAAUGCAGCAACAGCAGCAGCAGCCACCAUCGCAGACAUUCAACCUCCUUCGUAUGCAAAUGACGGGCGAGCAAGACAAGCAGGGACGUGCGCGAUUGGACGUGGGUACGAACGCGGCCCCUGGCGCCAAGACCUCCAACCCGUACGCCAUCGACGUGGUGCGGCUGCGCAAGAAGGAGCUCUCCCGGGGCAUCAUCAACACCGAGCAGCUGCUCGAGUCGCUUGUGGAGCACGGCGUGCUCAGCUACGACAAGAGGAUGGCGCUGUCGACGCUGCGGACACGCGAGGAGCGCAACACGCGGAUGCUCGAGAUGGUGGCGCGGUCCGGCGAGCGGGCAUGCCGCCUCUUCUUCCAUCCGUGCCUCAAGCAGGCCGAGCCCGAGCUCUACUCCACCAUUCGCCGCUACGUGGGCGAGGUGUCGCGCCAGGUGGGCGACAGCCGACGCCAGCUCAUCGGCUACCUGCUCGAGAGAGACAACGGCAGCCUGGAGGAGUUUGAGAAUGGCGACGAUCCGCCCAGCAAGGUCAAGGUGAUCACCCGCAAGCCCAGGAAGAUGCCGGUGGGAGACGCCCCUCCGCCCAAGGUGGAGAAGCCGGCACAGGAAACAGAGCCGCCACCGCCGCAGCCGCAGCCCGAGGUCCUGGUGGUCACCGAUGAAGCGACCUUCAAGGCUGCAAUCGACGGAGACCUCGCCUACUUCGAGAGGGCUUCUCUGACAAGUGGCGACAUGAACAAGAUGAAUGAGAGGAAGGAGACCCUGCUUCAUCUGGCCGCCGCACAGGGCCAUGCCAGCUUAGUGGAGUUCCUGCUGAAGAAGGGAGCCAAGUUCAAUAUGAAGGAUGUAAAUGGGCGAACCGCGCUUCACGCAGCGGCUGAGAGUGGCCAAGAUGCAGUGCUCCGAUUGCUGCUGAGCGCCGGGGCUGAUGUUUACACUCUGGAUAACAAGGGGGAGAAUGCUGCCGAGCUGGCCUUGAGAAACAACCACACGAGCGCCGCGAGCGUCCUUGUGGAGCACGAGAAGACGCGGCGAGACCGCAGGAAGCACCUCAUCCAUAUGGCGGCCCUCAAGAACGAGAGCCGUGUCGUGGCCGCGCUGCUACAGUGCGGAGCCAACGUGGCCUCUCCGGAUGAGAAGGACCGCACGGCGCUCUACUAUGCUGUUACCGGCGGCUUCACAGAGACCGUGCAGGUCCUCCUGGCGGCCGGCGCCAAGUGCGACCAUGACCUCGUCGACGUGGCAUUUGACGCCAACAAUGCAGGCGUGUUUGAGCUGCUGCUGCUGAGCCACGCGCUUGGGGAAAUGUCGGACGAGGCCAAGACGAGGCUCCUCUUCAAGGCUGUGGAGCGAGGCUUUGACGGCACGGUGCUCGCACUGCUCAAGCAGGGCGCUGACCCCAACGUGGCGGACGCUGGGAGGUCCUCCUACACGCCGCUGCUGCUUGCGGCAGAGAUGGGUCACGCGGAUGUGACGCUGGUGCUGCUGGAGCAGGGCGCCCGUGUUGACGUGAGGACGUCAGACUCCAGCUCCGCCCUGCACCUGGCGAGCAGCAAAGGUCACUUAUCGACGGUGCAACUGCUCCUCGGCAAGGGCCUGGCCGUUGGUGUCGCUGGCCACCUGGAGCGAACGGCCCUGCACUCCGCGGCCGCCGAGGGCCACCUCGCCGUGGUGGAGCUCCUACUGCGGGAAGGGGCCAAGGUCGGCGCGGCAGGCAGGGACGGCGCCACGCCGCUGCAUCUCGCCGUCGAAUCAGGCUACGUGGAGGUGGCCCGGUUGCUGGUGAAGAACGGCGCCGACCCCGGCGCAAAGGACAAAAAAGGCAAGACGCCGCUGCACUUGUCAGCGAUGGGCGGCGACGUGCACCUGCUCGAGGUGCUGCUGGAGGAGAAGCGAGCCGAUGUGAACGUGGCCGAUGGAGAGAAGAAGACCCCUCUCCACCUGGCGGCGGGACACGGCCACGCGUCGGCUGUGUCGCUGCUGCUGGCCAGGGGAGCCAAGGCUUUCUCGCGCGAUAUGGACGGCAACGCCGCGCUCCACUUCGCCGCUGCCGCUGGCAGUGCGGAGACCACCGGGGUGCUCCUGGAGGCCGGCCGCGCGGGGAAGACCAACAGCAAGCGCAAGUCGGCCGCCGACGAGCGCAACACGUGGCGCAAGACGCCACUGCACAUCGCGGCCGAGACGGGGCGGCCCGAGCUGGUGGAGCUGCUGCUCAAGAGCGGCGGUGCGUCGCUCAACGCCCUGGACAACUCGCGCGACACCCCCCUGCACUGCGCUGUCCGGGGGGCCCACGUGGCGGCGGCCAAACUCCUGGCCGGGUGGGCCGAGGGCCCUGAGAAGCCGAACCUGUUCGCCGCCAAUGCUCUGGACAAAACGCCACUGCAGCUGGCGGAGGCAGGCGACACGGACGGUCACCGCGAGAUCGCCACCCUGCUCAGGAAGAAAAUGAGGAUCAUAUAACAAUGUGCACGGCACAGCUCGCGAGUUUCCUGACCCGCCGGGUUGUGAACAUCAGAGCCGUGCAGGGCAUGCAACUCAUGAGCGCCGCGCCACAGGAGGGUUGCCACCUCAUACAUUUCCGGGACAAAUUGUAGGAGUUAAAGGAAUGUCUCCACAAUACCGGAAGAUGGGAGAACUGCACGUAAAUGUCUUGCUGUGGUGUACAGUAUGAUGAUGAUUAUUGUUAUUACUACGCAACUGGCAAUAAAAACAGAACUUUUAAUAUCCUGGAAAAUCUGUAAGACUUCCCAAGACAGCUAUCUCAAGGACGAUUCUUGGAAAACACAGGUGACAAAACACAAUCAGAAUCUGUAUUCAUCCUGGAGGAAUCCGAUGAGCUAUGAAGCUCUUCUGACCCGCUCCAGUAGGGUCCAGAGGCGGGCCGUCAGGGCCAGCAAGGCCUUCUCUGCUGGCUUAGAGAUUGUCAGAAUCAGAAAAAUUUAUUUUUAUAAUUUAAUAUAUAUUUCCAUUAAUGCUAUAUGUAUUUUACAAAGUUAGUUCCCAUCAGUCUAUUAAUGUAAUUUCAUUGCUACUCUCUCCCUCAGUUGCGCUGCGUCGACUACAGCUCACAUAAAUGAGAGCUUUUAUCCAAUCAGAUUUUCCACAUGUGCUAUCUCAGCCUCUCUGGGUGAAAAAUCUACCCUGAGGCCUUCAGAAUGUCAAAUGAAUCCCCUCUGCUGUUGAAGAAAAUGGGGACGAUGUUGUUGUCAUAUUCUUUAACCAAUCAGAUUUCGAGGUUGCCAUGUUGGGCGUAUUCUUUGACACGCCGGAGCCUUCGAGCUGGCCUAGCCGCCUACGUUCGCAUUUUUCGUGUGGUGUGAUCGGAGGGCCAGUAAGCUGAAUGAAGUAAAACUAGCUAGCACAUAACGUAGCAUCAUUUAAAAUGUAUUUAAACUUUCUUUCGUGACGUUUAGAUUUUUAGAUGGAGUGCUUUAGAUUUUUUUCUGUGGGGAAGCCUGUUGAAUCCUGAUUGUGUUAUUUGUGUUUUACAGAAUUUAUGCUUGCUUGGUGGUCGUAUGAGUAAAUGUGACUGGUUGUUGUGAGUUUGUUCUUGUUACUUUGGUAAUGACAUUGAUUUGGGCGAUGCGAUGUCUAUUUGUGAUGCAGCAUCCUAUCAUACUGCGUAAUAGUGGUACAUCCUUGAUGGUUUCAGUCACCAAAUAUUCAUGUCUCUGCCAAUUAGUGUAUUGUAACUCUCAUAGGUGUUGAUCCUCGUGUUAAAUCACUUUAUUCUACUCGAUAAAGGUUACCGUCACUGUGAAUAUGGGGUGGUUAAGUCGAAUGACAAUAGCCCUAGUGUCAUGGUGAGGUUAUUCGAAGGCUGUUUAAUUGCGGGAGGAUAGCACUGAAGACAUGGGUGUAAAAUACACGGCCCGCCACUGGUAGGGUCAGAAUGUUACAACAACAAACACGCUAUACAUGCGACACGUUCCUUCGGAGUGGGCAGGUAGGAACUUGGUUGGACAGCGCAUUCGUGCACGACAGCCAGACAAAUAAUCCCUGGUGGGCAGUGUGGAAGCUGUUACUACCUGUAUAAGUGUAGUGUAUCGUGUCGUGUAUCGUGUAGUGUGUAGGUUAAACGUUGAGUUUUAUAAGGGGACCACGGGGUGACCCACCCAGCCCCACCCUCCCC